AUGCCUGCCUCGACCGACCUAAAACAGGCAAUCUCUUCGCCUCCUCAUGAUCGCCUAUCACCUCAACAGAGGCCCGAGCUUUCGAAAAUUAAGGAUUUCUCUGCCUCUAAGGGUGGUUCGGAGUUGCCAGCCCUAGUCACUCCGGAAGAUUUCUCCCAGCUUUUAUCGUCUCAUCAGCCCCAUGACUCGCUCAUUCUCGAUCUCCGGUCAUUUGCACAAUUCUCAAAGUCACGAGUUUCCGGGGCUUUGAACUUGUGUAUUCCAACGACAUUGCUAAAGCGUCCCACGUACACUGUCCAGAAGCUGGCGGAGACCUUUGCCAGCAAGAAAAACGACAAGGCCAAAUUCAACUCUUGGAGAGACGCUCAGAUCAUAAUAGCCUAUGAUGGCGCAUCAGGGAACCUUGCACAAGCAGCCCCUUGUGUACACGUUCUCCAAAAGUUCAUGAAUGAGAAAUGGCCAGGAGCGACUUUUAUUGUGCAAGGCGGCUUUAAUGCCUUCGCUCAACAAUUUCCCGAACACGUCGAAACGAGGUUUGUGGGUGAGAUGGAUGGUAUCAACAAGACGAAGCUGUCAAUCGAUCCCUCAGCAGCUGUCUCUGGCGGCUGUAGCAUGCCUACAAAUCAAAAUCCUGUGAAUCCCUUUUUUGGCAGCAUUAGACAGAAUACCGACCUAAUAGAUGGCGUUGGUCAAAUACCACUGAAACGGCCGCCAAACUUCGCGGACGUCAGUUCACAAAAGCUGCCGACAUGGCUUCGGAAUGCAUCAAACCCUCAAGAUCAGGGCAAGACCGUUUCCAACCGAUUUUUAGCGAUCGAGAAAGCAGAACAGCAUCGCAUGCAGAAAGCCCUUUCCUUCGCAUCCUGGCAACCUCAAUCUAAGCAGUCCCCGGAGAACAUACGCCUAGCGGGUAUAGAAAAAGGAAGCAAGAACCGAUACAAGGAUAUCCUACCGUUUGACCAUUCGAGAGUCGUGCUUGAAAACCCGUCGGCUGAGUGCGACUACGUCAACGCAAGCCAUAUCAAGUCGCCAGAAUCUGGGCGUACACGCUACAUAGCCUUCCAAGCUCCGGUACCUUCGACGUUCGCCGACUUCUGGCACGUAAUCUGGGAGCAGGAUGUCAGACUAAUCGUCAUGCUGACUGCGGAGUCUGAAGGUGGUCAGACCAAAAGCCAUCCUUACUGGCAUUCAGGCGACUAUGGUCCUUUCCGACUAGACAAGCUGAACGAGGAGAUUCAGCCCCUUGUUCGACUGAAACGACCCAGCGCGCGCAGAACAACGACCUCACCGUCUGAACUGCAAUCUUCGCGUGGUAAACCACCUAUAAGUCGCAGGCACACGGCCUCUUUGAGCGUCAAUCAAGCCAUUCCACCCCCUACCCCAGAUUCCUCAUCAGAAAGUAUUCCCCGUGUUACGGUCCGGACUCUCAAAUUAUCUUAUAACAAAAAUCUACCUUCAACUCCUCACGACAUAAUACAGAUUCAGCUCACAACCUGGCCAGAUCUCGGCACGCCAGCACGUCCAAAGGAUAUUCUCGCCCUCGUCGAGUUAUGCCGCUCCUUCAAGCCUCAGCAACAAAAUCCAAAACCACAUCCGAUGGUAGUUCACUGCUCCGCAGGAUGUGGACGAACAGGCACUUUCUGUACUGUUGACAGCGUCAUCAGUACACUCAUGAAGCAAAAAUCGGAUCGGAACGCGAACAUCUCAGCCGCCAACGGGGCGGGCGUUGAUCGGAUGGAUUUGGACGAUCCGCUUAUGGAUGAGGAAAAGGACCUCAUAGCUGAGACGGUGGCGAGCUUACGACACCAACGCAUGAGCAUGGUUCAAACACUUAGGCAAUUUGUGCUUUGUUACGAAGCCAUCAUGGAGUGGUUCGUUGAUUCGUAA